GUUCGAAUUCAGUCGAAUGCAACGUUUGCUGGUUCACAGUGUAAUAGUAGGUUACAUUUGUAACCCAUAAAAAAUAAUCGCCGUGUAACAAAGUUUCCACUGUAGCACCGAAUCCGUUAAAACUUCGAACCACGUAAAGAAACAUUUCUCACUACGAUAUUACAGUCCCAUUUACAGCGAAACGAUGACGAAAAUCGUCGGCCGAUUGUUUCGAAAGUCCCGAAAUAUCGUCGAUAGUGAAUUCGUUGCACGCGUUUCAUCGAGGUCACGUAUGUACCGAUGAAAAUGGAGCAGGAGACCAACCACUGGGCCAGGGACCCUCCACAGACUGAAUUUCGAUCGGUACUGGACAGUCGUCCAUCUGGCUCGAUGUCUCGCUCACGUUUAAUCGAAUCGCCAGUUUGAUCGACUACAGUGUAACUCGAACGUACGUACGCGAAUCGGUUUAAUCGAUCAUUUUUCCCGAGUACUGGAAAGUGGAAACAGUGAAAGCGCGACGAUGGUGUACGAUUGAACAGUGUUUCGGAAAUUUCUGUUUCUCGCGUUACUGUUAUGCACACACGUGAUUUAGGUUUGUGUCGGUGUAGAAUUUUCCGCGAGUCGAUGAUUGGCUAAUCGGCAGAGGUAUGUUUUAAAUCGAAUUUAGUCGCGGGUCGAAUACGAAUCGCUUUUAAUCGCGUUCUUUUCCGAUUUUCCUGGCGGAGGACUCGAGUGGGUUACGUGAUGAGAAUGACGCGAACACCGUGUGUGUUUAACUGCUUAUUUCACGAGAAAAUGGCCAACGCCUUCUGCUAACCGUGAUUCUAUUAGUUCGUCGAUUUCCUUCCUUCAUUAUGGUCGAGCUAGUGGAUCGAGUUUCUGCAGCUAUUCUUACCCGGCAAAUUCUACCCGCAAUGCAAGUGUCGUCGAUUAAUUUGUUCCUGACCGGCAUAUCGCUGUUGUGCUACGUCCACCCUCUUUACAGUGACCCCCAGCCGCCAUACUGGAUGAAUUAUGCAACCUACAACCCGGUGGAUCAUCAAUUGCAUCGAAUGCAUCACGUGCAAGUAGUUCCUCAGCGAUAUGAAUCUCCAAUUACUCAUGGAUCUCCAUCGCACGUAACACAGUACGAGCGAAGACCACCUACCUUAGAAUUAACUCAAUAUCAAAGCCUUCCAGGCUUAGCAAACUAUCCUGAAAGAGUACCUGAAACGAAGUACCUACAACAAAAACGAUAUUACAAUUACCAUGAUUUUGUACCAAAUAAUCAAAAACAAGAGGAAUCGAAGGAGGUGAAUUUUGAAGAAGAGGAUGCAGAGAGCAGUUUGAAAGAGAAAGAGAUUAUAGAGAAAUUGAAAAUACUUGAUAAAUUAUUGUCCGAAGAUUCGAGUGAGAAAGAUCUCGAUACGAAUGGGAUCGAAGACAAAAUCAUUCCUGAAGAAUCGAAGAGGGUUGUCAGGGAGGUUCGAAAGCAUAAGCCAGGUUUCUUUUGGACUUUAGCUAGGGUCACGUUCGAAACCAUCAAUGACACGAGGUCAGCGAUCAAACAGAUCAGCGACAUCAUCAACAACAAUAUUGCACCAGACUCGGUUACACAAGCUUCGAUGACAAGUGCUUUGACGGCUGUUGGCUCAGCUAACAUAACCGGAAACGCGACUGGCAAUGCAACGGAAACGUCGACGACCUCGCCGGAGACUACCACCCAAGCAAACUUUGUUUUAACCAGAAACGGACUGCAGAAACUAAUUAGAAGAAACGUUCUGGGUCUUGUUAGAUUGUUCAACAUCGAAUGGAAAGAUGCAUUAAACCAAUCAGAGCUGAACGUGAAGGAGUUUCAGAAGAAUCUGAACAACCAAGUCGGGAUGUAUCUUCAAGACAAUCCAAACGCCUACUGAAGCAAUGUAAAAAAAACACACCAGAGGACCCAUCGAUUCGUAGAAAUUAUUCAAUGUACAUUCCAUUAGCGUGUAGCCAAAGACUGUUUACAAACAUAAGCCUAAUUGUCUAUAAUGGAUCAUUCUUUUUUAUGGUUCGAAUUAAAUCAUAUAUUCGAAACUGAA